AUGGACAAUGCGAGCAAAGCUGCUAUUGCAUUAAUUGCAAAGCGAUUAAUAGAAGAUUCCUCAGAGGAUAGCGAUGAGGAAUUAUUAUUUAAGGAAACUGAAACUCAUUCCACUAUAGAAGAUUAUAUCGGAAAAACCGUUAAGAAUUAUAGUCCUGAAGUUUUUAAAUCCCAUUUUAGAAUGUCCAGAGGUGCGGUAGAGCUCUUGUGUUCUGAAUUGGAUUUUAAGACUGAAUUUACCUGUGGUUGGCGACCAAUAAGCCCAUUACAUCAAGUACUGAUGACUCUAUGGACAUUAGAUAGGAUAAAGGACGAUUUAUAA